CGCCCUCUCCCUGCUCUCGCGCAACUGUCAGGCGAAACGGGCCGGCGGAUAUUGGCUCGGCGACACGCCGAGGCUCCUCCCCGAGUCUGGAUCUUUAUAUUUUGGGAGAAUUUCUUUGAACUCAGUUACCAAGCUCGGUGCAGGAGACAAGUUCCCGCAGCCGGCUCGCUCGGCGAGGCUCGCCCACCUUCCCUGCGGCUGCCGCGCGCCCCGAUUGUAUUCCUCUCUCCCCGCGUGGCGGAGAACGGACUUACUUGGCUGAGGAAAACGCCAGUAAUCUGAUGUGACUGAAAAGAACGUGCGACUGGAAGAGGCAGAAGAGGAUGAGGAAAAGCAUUAUUUGAAAGACGACUAUACCAGCUACCCCAACCCUUUCUGCAAAUUGGUGCUAUUACUUCUGGGGUCCAUUUGCCUUUCUCUCCCUCCCCCGCCCCUCCAUUAAGGAACCGUGACUUGAGGGCCAAGAGACAGCCCCCUACAACGGGGGACGCUUCUCGGUUGGAAGACCUUUUGGAUGUAGCGCUGGUGGAUUAUUGCGAUACUCUCCUCUGGAAAAGCCACCAUGAAUUCGGUUGCUGGGAAUAAAGAGAGGCUUGCGGUCUCCACCAGGGGCAAGAAAUACGGGGUGAAUGAAGUCUGCUCGCCCACCAAGCCCGCGGCGGCGCCCUUCUCCCCCGAGAGCUGGUACAGGAAAGCGUACGAGGAGUCGCGCGCCGGGAGCCGGCCCACCCCCGAGGGCGCGGGCUCAGCGCUCGGCUCGUCGGGGACCCCGUCCCCCGGCUCGGGCACCUCGUCCCCGAGCUCCUUCACGGGCUCCCCGGGCCCCGCGUCCCCUGGCAUCGGCACCAGCUCGCCGGGCUCCCUGGGCGGCUCGCCGGGCUUCGGCACCGGGUCCCCCGGCUCGGGCAGCGGCGGCGGCUCCUCCCCCGGCUCGGACCGCGGCGUCUGGUGCGAGAACUGCAACGCCCGCCUGGUGGAGCUGAAGAGGCAGGCGCUGAAGCUGCUGCUCCCGGGGCCCUUCCCCGGCAAGGACCCUGCUUUCUCGGCUGUGAUUCAUGACAAACUCCAGGUCCCCAACACGAUCCGGAAGGCAUGGAAUGACCGGGACAACCGCUGUGACAUCUGUGCCACACACCUGAACCAGCUGAAGCAGGAGGCCAUCCAGAUGGUGCUGGCCUUGGAGCAGGCAGCUGGCAGUGAGCACUACGACGCCUCACCCAGCUCACCCCCGUCCCUCUCCAGCAUCCCCGCCCUGGUGGGGUCCCGGCACGUGGGUGGGCUCCAGCAGCCCCGGGACUGGGCCUUUGUGCCUGCCGCCUACGCCACCUCCAACUACACAGGCUUCGUCAACAAGCACAGCAGCAAACCUAACAGCCUUGGGGUCAGCAAUGGGGCGGAAAAGAAGAGUGGAUCCCCAACUCACCAGGCCAAGGUCAGCCUCCAGAUGGCCACCAGUCCCAGCAAUGGGAACAUCCUCAAUUCGGUGGCCAUCCAGGCUCACCAAUACCUGGAUGGCACUUGGUCCCUAUCAAGAACCAAUGGGGUCACCCUGUACCCAUACCAGAUCUCUCAGCUGAUGACAGAGAGUGGCCGGGAGGGGCUGACAGAAGCAGCACUGAACCGCUACAAUGCAGACAAGCCUUCCGCCAGCAGCGUCCCAGCCUCCCAAGGCUCCUGCGCCGCCAGCGAGACUUCCACGGGCACCUCGGUGGCUGCCUCCUUCUUCGCACGAGCUGCCCAGAAGUUAAACCUGUCUUCUAAAAAGAAGAAGCAUCGACCUUCGACCUCUUCUGUUGCAGAGCCGCCCCUCUUCGCCACCAGCUUCAGUGGGAUUCUGCAGGCGGCCCCGCCGCCAGCCCCGCCCUGCCUGCUGAGGGCCGUCAGCAAGGUGAAGGACACCCCAGGCCUGGGCAAGGUGAAAGUCAUGCUUCGCAUUUGUUCCACCCUGGCUCGGGAUACCUCGGAAUCCAGCUCUUUCCUAAAGGUGGACCCGAGGAAGAAGCAAAUCACCUUGUAUGAUCCCCUGACUUGCGGAGGUCAAAAUGCUUUCCAGAAGAGAGGCAACCAGGUUCCUCCUAAGAUGUUUGCCUUUGAUGCAGUUUUUCCGCAAGAUGCCUCUCAGGCUGAAGUGUGUGCAGGAACCGUGGCAGAGGUGAUCCAGUCCGUGGUCAACGGGGCCGAUGGCUGCGUGUUCUGUUUCGGCCACGCCAAGCUGGGCAAAUCCUAUACCAUGAUUGGGAAGGACGACUCCAUGCAGAACCUUGGCAUCAUUCCCUGUGCCAUCUCUUGGCUCUUCAAGCUGAUAAAUGAACGGAAAGAAAAGACUGGCGCCCGCUUCUCUGUCCGGAUCUCAGCCGUGGAGGUGUGGGGGAAGGAAGAGAACCUGCGGGACCUGCUGUCAGAGGUAGCCACGGGCAGCCUGCAGGACGGCCAGUCCCCGGGCGUGUACCUGUGCGAAGACCCCAUCUGUGGCACGCAGCUGCAGAACCAGAGUGAGCUGCGCGCCCCCACCGCCGAGAAGGCCGCCUUUUUCCUGGACGCAGCCAUUGCCUCCCGCCGGAGCCACCAGCAGGACUGCGACGAGGACGCCCACCGCAGCUCGCACAUGUUCUUCACGCUGCACAUCUACCAGUACCGGAUGGAGAAAAGCGGGAAAGGGGGAAUGUCUGGAGGUCGUAGCCGCCUGCAUCUCAUUGAUCUCGGCAGCUGUGUGAAAGCUCUUAGCAAAAAUCGGGAAGGAGGCUCCGGGCUGUGCCUCUCCCUGUCUGCUCUGGGCAAUGUCAUCCUGGCUCUUGUCAACGGCAGCAAACAUAUUCCAUACAAAGAGAGCAAGCUCACCAUGCUGCUGCGGGAGUCCCUGGGGAACAUGAACUGUCGCACCACCAUGAUCGCUCACAUCUCGGCCGCGGCCGGGAGCUACGCGGAGACCCUGUCCACCAUCCAGAUUGCAUCGAGAGUCUUGAGGAUGAAGAAAAAGAAGACGAAGUACACGUCCAGCUCCUCCGGCGGGGAGAGCUCCUGCGAAGAAGGCAGAAUGCGCAGGCCCACCCAGCUGAGACCCUUCCACACCAGGGCCGCGGUGGACCCCGACUUCUCGAUCGCCCACCUGUCCAGUGACCCCGACUACUCCUCCAGCAGCGAGCAGUCCUGCGACACCGUCAUCUACAUCGGGCCCAACGGCACAGCUCUCUCUGACAAGGAGCUCACUGACAACGAGGGUCCCCCGGACUUUGUCCCUAUUGUACCAGCCCUGCAGAAGACCAGGGGCGACAGCCGGCCCGUGGAGGCAGGAGAGGCGGCAGCCAGCAAAUCCGAAAGGGACUGCCUAAAGUGCAACACGUUCGCCGAGCUGCAAGAGAGACUAGACUGCAUCGAUGGCAGCGAAGAGCCCAGUAAGUUUCCUUUUGAAGAACUGCCUGUCCAGUUUGGCGCAGAGCAGGUGAGCAAGUGCCCCCCAUUGAGCCAAGCGGCUGGAGCAAGCCCCCUCUCGGAGUCUGACAAGGAAGACAAUGGGUCUGAAGGCCAGCUGAGCGACAGAGAAGGCGCAGAGCCCCCGGCCUCCAAGAUGCAGAGGAGUCGCUCACCUGUGCCUGCUGCCAUGGCCCCCACCCCCGGCCCCGGCCCCGCCUCGCCCAGGAGCGUCCCGGGCGGCAGCAGCCAGCACGGCGCAGCCCCGCUCGCGCACAGCCCCAGCCUCCAGAGCAGCCGGGAGAGCCUGAGCUCCUGCGGCUUUGUGGAUGGCAAGCCCCGGCCCAUGGGCUCCCCACGGCUGGGCAUCGCCAGCCUGUCUAAGACCUCAGAGUACAAACCACCCAGCUCUCCUUCCCAGAGGUGCAAAGUCUACACCCAGAAGGGGGUCCUGCCGUCUCCUGCGCCCCUGAGCAAGGAUUCCGGCACCGCAUCCAGCGAGUCCUUGCUGCAGCCCGAGGUUCGUACCCCCCCGGUUGGAAUGAGCCCCCAGGUUCUGAAGAAAUCCAUGUCUGCUGGAAAUGAAGGGUUCCCAGAGACCCUCGUCGAUGACGAGCAUCAGGCGGAAACUCCUCCUGACUCUAAGAAGGAGAUCCUGAGCACCACGAUGGUGACGGUGCAGCAGCCGCUGGAGCUGAACGGCGAGGACGAGCUGGUGUUCACGCUGGUGGAGGAGCUGACCAUCAGCGGGGUCCUGGACAGCAGCCGCCCCACCAGCAUCAUCAGCUUCAACAGCGACUGCUCCGUGCAGGCUGUGGCCUCGGGCUCCCGGCCCGUCAGCAUCAUCAGCAGCAUCAGCGAGGACCUGGAGUGCUACUCCACCGUGGCCCCCGUGUCUGAGGUCAGCAUCACGCAGUUCUUGCCGCUACCGAAGCUGAGCCUGGAGGAGAAGGCCCGGGAGGCGGGCAGCAGGCGCUCCUCCAUCAGCUCCUGGCUGAGCGAGAUGAGCGCAGGCAGCGACGGCGAGCAGUCGUGCCACAGCUUCAUCGCCCAGACGUGCUUUGGGCACGGGGAGGCAAUGGCAGAGCCUCCGGCCUCGGAGUUCGUCAGCAGCAUCCAGAACACAGCCGUGGUGUGCAGAGAGAAGCCCAAGGCAGGCCCUGACAACCUGCUCAUCUUGUCUGACAUGAGGGAAGACUCUUUCAACAAAGCAACUCCCAUCAAAGGCUGCAAAAUAUCCACGCUGGGCAAGGCCAUGGUCACCAUCUCCAACACGGCGAAUCUGAGCAGCUGCGACGGCUACAUCCCCAUGAAGACCAACAUCACGGUAUACCCCUGCAUCGCCAUGGGCCCCCGGAAUGUCCAAGAGCCUGAGGCAUCCACUGCCACCCCCAAAGCAGCCCCCAAAGCAGCCCAGUCCCAGGAGAGUUCGGAAACCAGUGCAAAGAAAGAAAUGAAAUUUGAGGACCCUUGGCUGAAACGAGAAGAAGAGGUGAAAAAAGAGAAUUCUUAUCCCAGUGAAGAAGGGAUCAGGGAUGAGACUACCACAGGCCCCACAAAGGCGGAGGCCAGAUGGGAGCAGGAACAGGACAGGAAGCCCAGCCCGGGCGACAGGCUCAGCAGCAGCAGUGGGGAAGUCUCCGCCUCACCUGGGACCGACAACUUCAGGAGGGUUGUGGAUGGGUGUGAGAUGGCCCUGCCCACUUUGGCCCCCCAGAGCCCCGUGUAUCCCAACAAGAGCAUGAAGUCGAGCAGCCUUCCCCGUGCGUCACAGAAAGCCAGCAGGCAGGAGGAGCUGGACGUCCUCUUCUACCACUGUGCAGCGGAGACCAACGGCAUCGGCGCGGCCUCGGGCGCCCAGCCCUCAAAGGCCACCUUGGAGAGGAAGGUGGCUUCCCCCAAGCACUGUGUCCUGGCUCGGCCCAAGGGGACUCCCCCCUUGCCCCCUGUCCGAAAAUCCAGCUUGGAGCAGAAGAACAGGGCCAGCCCCCAGCACAGUGCCAGCAGCAGCGGCACCAGCAGCCCCUUGAACCAGCCGGCCGCCUUCCUGGCCAGCUUCCCGGACGAGCCCAGCGGCAAGAUGAAGGACGCCAGCAGCAGCAGCAAGCUCUUCAGCGCCAAGCUGGAGCAGCUGGCCAGCAGGACCAACUCCCUUGGCAGGACAACAGUCAGCCACUACGAAUGCCUCUCUCUGGAGAGGGCCGAGAGCCUGUCCUCCAUGAGCGCGCGGCUGCACGCCAGCAAGGACAGCACCAUGCCCCGCGCAGGGAGGAGCCUCGGCCGCAGCGCGGGGGCGUCGCCACCUGUCGCUGGUCCGAGCCAGUCAGCAGGGGCCUCGCCCAAGGCCACCCAGUCCAAGAUCUCAGCCGUGAGCAAGCUCCUCCUGGCCAGUCCCAAAGCGCGCAACCUGUCCACCUCCACCACCAAGACCCUCAGCUUCUCCACCAAGUCUCUGCCCCAGUCGGUGGGCCAGAGCUCCAGCUUGCCGCCCGGCGGGAAGCACAUGUCCUGGUCCACGCAGUCCCUCAGCAGGAGCCGGGGCUCCGGCCUGGCUUCCAAGCUGCCACUGCGAGCGGUCAACGGGCGCAUCUCGGAGCUGCUGCAGGGCAGCGCGGGUGCCCGGGGCUCGCAGCUGCGGGCCCGGCCGGAGGCGGAGGAGCGCGGCGGGACCCCCACGGAGGACAAGCCUGCGGCUGCGCACCUGCUGCCGUCGCCCUACAGCAAGAUUACGCCGCCGAGGAAGCCACACCGCUGCAGCAGCGGCCACGGCAGCGACAACAGCAGCGUGCUGAGCGGGGAGCUCCCGCCGGCCAUGGGGAAGACAGCCCUGUUCUACCACAGCGGCGGCAGCAGCGGCUACGAGAGCAUGAUGCGGGACAGCGAGGCCACUGGCAGCGCGUCCUCGGCCCAGGACUCCAUGAGCGAGAACAGCAGCUCCGUGGGCGGGAGGUGCCGGAGCCUCAAAACCCCAAAGAAACGGUCCAAUUCAGGUUCCCAGAGGCGGAGGCUCAUCCCCGCCCUGUCCCUGGACACCUCCUCCCCCGCGAGGAAACCCGCCAGCAGUGCCGGCGUCCGCUGGGUGGACGGCCCCCUGCGGAGCGCCCAGCGGGCCCUCGGGGAGCCUUUUGAGAUUAAGGUCUACGAGAUCGACGACGUGGAGCGCCUGCAGCGGCGGCGCGGGGGCAGCAGCAAGGAGGUUGUGUGCUUCAACGCGAAACUGAAAAUCCUGGAGCACCGCCAGCAGAGGAUCGCCGAGGUGCGGGCCAAGUACGAGUGGCUGAUGAAGGAGCUGGAGACGACCAAGCAGUAUCUGAUGCUGGAUCCCAACAAAUGGCUCAGCGAAUUUGACCUGGAGCAGGUUUUGGAGCUGGACUCCCUGGAGUACCUGGAGGCGCUCGAGUGUGUGACGGAGCGCCUGGAGAGCCGCGUCAACUUCUGCAAGGCGCAUCUCAUGAUGAUCACCUGCUUCGACAUCACCUCCAGGCGCCGGUAGAGAGCUGGGCCCUGCCUCGGCCCCCGCUGCCUGGGACUUCAUGGGGACGCCGCACGCCCAGCCCCCUGUGCUGGCGGCAUUGGAGACAAUGAAUGAGGAUGAAGGUUGGUGGCAGGUCUGGAGUGAGCGUGGAGCGGAAGGCGAUUUUUCUUUUGUUUUCUGUAGGAAAGGUGCAGACGCCAAACACGCAUGGAAGGAGCAAAUGACGGGAAGGCCACGGGGUCGAAGCCCCGUGAGACUGAAAAAGCACUUUGAGAAACUUUAAAGACCUUGUUUGUACAUAGAACUGCUGGCAAAGGAGACCCCGCUCUUCUCUUGCUUUCGUGAGGAAGGGGGAGGGCGGCUGGAGGAUUGCUGUGGAAAGCGAACACAAAGCGACAAAAAGAUGACCCAGAAUGACUGAUUAAGUGCCUUGCAAAUCCUUAUUAUUAGCCAAACAUUUAUGUUCCUACUUUCUUGUGUACAGAUGGUGCUAGUCAAGACGAAAACCACAAAACAAACAAAAAAGAAAAUCACAUUUUUGAAAUAUAUUUACAGCUUGUUUUCUCUUGGUGUUUUAUCCUAUUUCUGACGUGCUGUUUCUGAGUAGGCGGUGUUUGUAGAGAGGUUUCCUGAUCUGUGUUGCACCUGAAUAAAUGUUAACUGUCUCACGGCCGCUCGGUCAGGCCGCUGGAGCAGAGCACAGAGGCUGCACCGGCACCAGCGAGGGCGUGUCUCCAGAGGAGGUUUGGAGCAGCAGGUGACACUGGAUGCCACCUCCCACGAGCAGCACAGCCGGCCGACUUGGAAGGCUGACCGCAGAGCAGGUGCACGGGAGCUUUAGGGAGCGGGAGAGGGGACAGGACUGGCAUCGGGAAGGGCAAAGGAGUCCUUUGGGACUUGGCCCUGCCUUCUCCUUGCAGGCCCCAUUGGUUCCGUGUACGCUCCCACGUCCUCACACUCGUGCUGGUUCCUUGACCUACACAUCCAGGGUUUUCAUGGCCCUCAGAACAAUUUUCAUAUUUAUUUCCAUUCCAAAGACUCUGGAUUGAAAGCUUGAACCAAUUCAACAGAGCCAUAGUUGUUUGUUUUCUAGUUUGUGAAUGAAAGGGGCGAUUUUUCCCAGUUUAGAGACCUGCCCAGGCUUAUAUAAAAUAUGUUCAGAGACUCCAAUUGUAUUGGAUUAGAACAAAAAAGAAAGAUUCUCAAGACUGCAGAACUUUCUUGCUGUCCAGAGUACUUACUAAAAACAAAAAUUUCAGCUCUCCUGUGUCCCAAAGCAUCUAUCCCAGGAAGGGACAAGGCUUGUCCCCUCAAGCUUGGCACUCAAAGGCAGAGAGAGGUUCCCCGCUUAACUUGUAUAACCCGGGUAGACAGAGCACAGAGUUCCGUGAGUGUGGACAGCCAGCUCAGCACCUAAGAACGUAGGACCUCAUUCUCAAAUCCAGAACUUCAUUCCUGUACCAAUUCCCUUGGGGAUUAUUAUACCUAUUUUAGUGAUAGAAACCUGAGUCCUCCCACCUGUCAGCCCUUCCCACCGAUGUAGGUGCCUAGGUUUUUGCAUGGUGUCCUGUUCCGUUUCCCUCAAAUGCAUCCUGUCUUCAUGAGCCCAUUCCCAGCUAGGCUGCCCCCACUAACUCCUAACCCCCGCUGCUCCCCAAGGAAAAAGAACCUUUGCAUUUCUUGGUCCAUGUACCUCUGGACACACGUGGCCCUUUACUGAGCUGAACUCGGUAAGUGGGAACUGACGUCUCAUGAGCUUCACGGUACCUGACCCUGUAUCAUCAGAACAGGGUCACAUGUCCUGCUGGCCCGCGUGUUUGGGUCCCCAGGCCAGCUUGCACUGUCUGUGAGUGUCUGCUCCUGUGCAGAGCCGCACACAGGAGACAGACCAAAGCCGCCCCUGACCGGGCUGUAGUAUGGUGAGAGGUUCCCCUCCAGCCAUCACUGCAGCCCCCAAACCCAACAAGGUCGUUGCCCUGGGGAGCAGGGCCUCCCCGAGCUGCAGAGCCUUAGCCCCAUUCUCAGGACAGCAGGUGGCUCUGGGCUCCCGGCGCUUGUGUAAGCGGGCUUGCUUAACAAGUUUUGCAAGGUUCUGGACCCAAAGGGAGGCCAGUCCUUUGAGUUUGGAUUUGCCAUUUGGUGUCCCUUUUGGUUGCUGGUUUGAAAUACAUCGCUUCAUGAAAAGCCUUUAAUUUGGGUAUUUUCAAGGUGGGUGUCUUGGGUUUUUCUGUUAUUGGCAACAAAUUUAUUUGAUUAAUCAUCAGUGACCUUAGCUGUCGCCCCUGCCACAUCCUCCCCUGCUGCCCCGACUUCCUCAGUAGGCCGACUACCGGGCCUGGGCCUUCCCAGAGGGAGACUCAGUGGCGUCGUCAUCUCGCUCAGUGGGAUCCUCCCUAGGGUAGCGGCCUCCAGCUGGCCUGCUGCCUAAACCAGUUCGUAUGCGUUCAUAGCAACUUUAGGAUAUGAGAAAAGGUUGCAGGAAACUGAGAGUUCUCUCACUAAGUCAGACGGAACAUCUCGCAGGGUCCUGCAGGCCGUGGUGUAAGAGAACAACUUGGCAUGGCUAUUGUCCAUUCUCUCUUUUCCUUUCUUUUUCUUCUUUUUUGGGGGGAGGGGAACCUAAAUAAGCUGCAAACAUCUUAAUUUACCAAGAACCGAUGAAUCACGUAAAGAAACCAUGCAUUUUAUGCUAUGAUGCACUUCUUUCUGGCUCUGUCCACAAAUUAACUAUAGAGAUGACAACCUUCAGGCACAAAGGGAGGAAGUCUGGCCAGCUACACUGACACAGGCCCAGUAACUGAGGAACACCUCACCCAGUGACCAGACGCAAGGUAGUUCCAGGUCUCCUUUUGAUUUUGGUGACAGAUAACCCAAGUAGGCAAAGGGACUGUCAAAGAACCCAUUUCUAUGUCAUCAUCCACAAAUGAAAGGACAAAUGUUUAUUUGAAAUGGUCACUUAGACGUGCAAGCCUUAAUUCCUUGUCUGAAACCUGUCUCCACACCCCCAUUCCAAAUAUUAAGAGCUCAGUGCAAGGCGGAAGCAUUAGCAGCAGAACAAAA